AUGAGCGAGGUAAUGUCCGUUCUGAUGCCUGGGCUCCCGGAGCCGUCGGCCACCACCGCCCCGCCCCGAGUACGGUCCGAGGCUGGUGAUCGAGAGACGGAAGACCAAGCACCGACAAUUGAGGCUGACCCGCAACUCGCCGUCGCGGUCGAUGACGAUGACGGCGACUCCGCCAUAGAUUCCGCCAGCGUCAUCUCAUCCACGGCCUCCCUGUCUGAAAGCGUCUUCGAUUAUCGCCAGCUCCACGGCCGGACGUACCAGACGACUAGAACGACCGAGUACUGGGCCCCAAACGACGAUCAGCAGAAUGAAGGGCUCGACAUCAUCCACAACGCACUCCUCAUGCUGUUCGACGACGCGUUAUUCCUGGCUCCGAUUGGAGACGAUCCUCAGCGCGUUCUUGACGUCGGGACAGGCACUGGAAUCUGGGCGAUUGACUUCGCCGACCAAUUCCCCAACGCCGAGGUCACCGGCACCGACAUCAGCCCCAUCCAGCCGGGGUGGGUGCCGGCCAACCUCCGCUUUGUCAUUGACGAUUUCCUUCUUGACUGGACGUAUCCCGAGAACCAUUUUGACUUCAUCCAUAUGCGGCAGCUGUAUGGAAGCGUGCCGAACUGGGUGGACUUGUACAAGAAGGCGUACCACAGCCUCAAGCCAGGCGGUUGGGUCCAGAAUCUCGAGAUCAACGCCGGGAUCGACUCCGACCACGUCGAAUACCCCCUGGACCACGUGUUCAUUGAGUGGAACAGGAUAUUUGACCAGGGUGGAAAGAAGACAGGGCGGUCUUUCACCGUGGCGCAGGGCCACACUAUGAUGGACAAUAUGAAGGAGGCGGGGUUCGUGGACGUCGUGGAGAAGAAGUUCAAGCUACCUAUCCAUGGAUCCGAAUCUGCAGCAAGCUGGAUUACUGAUCCAGUUAGCGCUUGA